AUGUCGAUGUCGGAGCAGCUCAGCUCAACCCCUGUGCUUGAGGAGAACGUCCAGCUUGGGCCGGGCUCGUGUAAUAGUGGGCCGGGUCUAGCCGGUAUCGCUCGAGGCACAACUUUCGGAAGUUCUCGAAGACGUCGGCGAGGAGGAGGACAUCGGUCCGAAGGUAGAGAUCGUGGUAGUCGCCGAGGCUUGUGCACCCGAAGGCAUCCCAGACCCUUUUCCGUGGGCGUACUCACCGUCGGUAAUGCCUUCGCCCGAGAGCUUGCUGUAGAAAGCCUCCUUCGGCGGGAGGGCUUACUCGUCGAAUCGGGGCCAGCCGUCCAUGUACUCGUAGGGGUAGACCGCCUUCCGGAGCAAGAGGAAAGAAGAGCUGCCAAAUUUAAAUCUGUGAAGAAUUUUUUUCAUUUUAAUGAAGCUGAUAAAGCUGUGAUAACGCUUUAUGUUGAAGAAUUUCCAUUUCCAAAUAUCACUUGUUAUAAAGAUAGCAAAGUAAUUAUAUUUUGUAUUGGAAAGAAAAUGAAAGAUACUCCAAAUUUUAAUUCAUUGGCCUGCGAACAGGAUCAGUAUGGAUUAAACGGUGUCCCUCAGUUGAUUAUUGAAUCAAUCUCUUUUGUGGGAGAUGAUGGAAAGUACACAUGUGUUGCCACUACCAACAAUCCUCCUGGGAAGGAUGUUGUUUCAUUUUACGUCAAUGUUGGAGUGCCACCAUCCAUCAGCAGAGGAAAUAGUAAAUAUUUCACAGCACGAAACAACACUGAAGGCGAGAUUAAAUGCAUGAUAAGAUGGUCUAAUCCAAGACCCAAUAUAACUUGGUAUCAACAAAUCGUUAUCAACAGUAGUGAACCUGUUUCGAAUAACUGGACCCUUUCACUGUAUAAGUCUUCGUUUAAAAAAGGAAAAAACAAAGGACAAUAUGAAAGUAUUUUGAAGAUACCGUGGUCUGAGGAUGAAGCCUCAAUGUGGUUCAGAUGUGUUGCUCAAAACAUUCAUGGAAAUGACAGUAGAAUGUUUAUGUUUAUCCGAUAUGGAGAUAACUUUGAUCUUUUUAAAGUUUUUCCUUCUGGGGAAGUAAUUUUAAAUGAAAACGAGGACUUUAUGGCAAUUUGCAGAGUAGAUGGGGUCCUCAUGUUUUGUAUGCCACUGAUAUCCAUCAACGAUUUAAGGCGACCUUAGGAUUUUGAGUUAGU